CAGACUUUGAAGCAUUAUGAUAAAUGGCACUAUCCUGAAAAUAGGGAAUUAUGGCUAUAGAAUUGAACUUCAGAGUUCAAGAUCAGGACUUGUGGCAAUUUCAAAUAACUGUAAGGUUGAAAGCGUGAGUAUUUUGAUCAUGAAGUAGAGUGGAGAAUUGUGAGGACAUGGGAGUUGAAUUGAGGGAACAAAGGUAUUGAGAUCAUAAAUGAGGCUGCUGAAGUCAACCAGGAAAAUGACAAGAGAAAAGAGAGAGAGUAAAAUUGUGAGCAAGGUGUUGGCUUUUGUAGGUCAGGAGAUGACUGUGCCAAUGAGCAAGUAUUUUCUACCUUCUCUGUACUAGGUGCUGGAGAUACAAAUACUGAGAAUGAAACUACUCUCAAGGAAUUGUACGAAGAGAAGAAAUACAAAAUCCAAGCAAAGUAGUAAAAUACAAGAUGCCGCUUCAAAUGAACAACAAGAACUUUUCUGUCAGAAGUUAGAGCAGUGUUGCAUACUAUUUGAUUUCAUGGACUCUGUUGCAGACUUGAAAAGCAAAGAAAUUAAAAGGGCAACACUGAACGAACUGAUUGAGUAUGUUUCAACAAAUCGUGGUGUGCUUGUUGAAUCAACAUAUUCUAAUAUAGUGAAAAUGAUCAGUGUCAAUAUCUUCAGGACUCUUCCUCCAAGUGAUAAUCCAGACUUUGAUCCUGAAGAAGAUGAGCCUACUCUUGAGGCAUCAUGGCCUCACAUACAGUUGGUAUACGAGUUCUUCUUAAGAUUUUUGGAGAGUCCUGAUUUCCAACCAAGUAUUGCAAAGAGAUAUAUUGACCAGAAAUUUGUACAGCAGCUCUUGGAGCUUUUUGAUAGUGAAGAUCCCAGAGAGCGUGACUUCCUGAAGACGGUUCUGCAUCGAAUUUAUGGGAAAUUCCUUGGAUUAAGAGCAUUCAUCAGAAAACAGAUUAACAACAUUUUCCUCAGGUUUAUAUAUGAAACAGAACAUUUUAAUGGUGUUGCUGAACUUCUUGAGAUAUUAGGAAGUAUUAUCAACGGUUUUGCCCUGCCUCUGAAAGCAGAACACAAACAGUUUCUAAUGAAGGUUUUAAUUCCUAUGCACACUGCUAAAGGAUUGUCCUUGUUUCAUGCUCAGCUAGCCUAUUGUGUUGUACAGUUCCUGGAGAAGGACACAACACUAACAGAACCAGUGAUCAGAGGAUUGCUGAAAUUUUGGCCAAAAACAUGCAGUCAGAAGGAGGUAAUGUUUUUAGGAGAAAUUGAAGAAAUCUUAGAUGUGAUAGAGCCAACACAAUUCAAAAAAAUUGAAGAACCUCUCUUUAAGCAGAUAUCCAAGUGUGUGUCAAGUUCUCAUUUCCAGGUUGCAGAAAGGGCAUUGUACUUCUGGAAUAAUGAAUAUAUUCUUAGUUUGAUUGAGGAAAAUAUUGAUAAAAUUCUUCCAAUCAUGUUUGCCAGUUUAUACAAAAUUUCCAAAGAACACUGGAAUCCGACUAUUGUGGCACUAGUAUACAAUGUCUUGAAAACGUUGAUGGAGAUGAAUGGCAAGCUUUUUGAUGAUCUUACGAGCUCAUACAAAGCUGAAAGGCAAAGAGAGAAAAAAAAGGAAUUGGAACGUGAAGAAUUAUGGAAAAAAUUGGAGGAGUUAAAGUUAAAGAAAGCUUUGACUGAAAAGCAUAACAGUACUCACAAUGUGCACAAUGCACUCAACAGUACAAGUGCCAAAUAAAUGAAAUGAUGACGACUUCUGCUUGAAAGGCAGACUUUUUGUAUACACUUUUUUGAAAUAUGUAAAAAUUUGCAAAGGAAAAAACCUCAACAGUAUAAUGUAAUUAAAAGGCCAAUUUUUUUUCUGGCAUCUGUAAAUGAAAAAUUUGUGGACUAAACAUAGCCAUAUGUUACAUCAUGACCACAGUAUAUUGUAACUUUUUUGUCUAAUCAUUGAUUUAUUGUGUCACUUCUGAAGUUUCACAGAAAUGAAUGAAUUUUUAUUAUACAUGAUAUGAGUGAGAUAAUUAUGGGAGUGGUGAGAAUUAUGACUUGAAUUUUUUUUGAUUGUGUUGCAUUGCACAUAGAUGUAGUAGCUAUGUACAUUUUUUAAAUGUGCUUUUCACAUUGCUGCACACCUUGGUUGAGUUAUAGGAAAGGCAGUAUUUCCUAAAAUAAAACUAAGGUACAAUCCUUCCUUUCCUUCUUUUUCCUUCCAGUAACACAAAGGGAGGAAUAGCCUAACUUGCCCUUUUACCUUUUGUCCUUAAAGAUAUUACUGUAUUCUGGAAUUUGAGUGAAAAACUUAAAAUUUCCAGGAAAAAAAAUUGUGAUAUUUUUAAAGCACAAGUUAGAAAUAAAAGCUGGGAAAAUAAACCAAAAUUCUCCAGAAUGUUCCUUGUGGUCAGCUGGAGAAAUCCCCCUUUUACCUGCCAUCCCAUUAAUGACAUUCACUGGUCAGCAGGCAGCUUCGUAGAAGAGUGAUGAUGACAUGAUCUCUGACAUUACCUCUCAUUCAUUCCUCCUCUUCCCUUCCCCAUGAAGCACAGGGCUGAAGGCAGGGCCUCUGAGCCCUUCCUCCUUGCCUUUCUCCAUUUUCUCCCCCUCCCAUCACACUGAUGGAGGCUUAGGGGGGUCCCUCAGUAGGGGGUGCAGAGCUCUAAUGAUCACUGCCUGGCUUUAUUUAAAAGAAAUGCAGUAUGCUUCCUAAAUAGAAGAUUCAAGAAAUUGAUUCUAGGGGGCCUCGUAUAUUUUUACUUGAUCAGAUAUUUCUCACAUCUUUUGUUAUCAGAGUACCAUUCCAAUCUCUUGCGGUUGCAUAGAAAGCUGUUUUGUAAUGGAAGAUCUUCACUGGGGGAUUGAGCAGCAUUUAAUAAAGUCUAUGUUUGUA